UGCUCUUAUUACUCGUUUCAAUGGGCGACUUUCGGGUUGGGUGCUCCGGGAUAGAUUUGACUGAGAAUUCGGGUAAUUUUAACCCAGAUUCUGAGGUUCUGUAAUUUGGGUCUGGGUGGUCGGAUUCCCGAAUUCUUGAAAUAAAACACAAGUGGAUUACCGGUUACUGCUUUUGCUUAUACAUCCUGCAGUCAAGCAGUUGCUUCAAAGCACCGGCUUCCCGGAGACGGCGCGGCACUGGCGAUCCCGGCGUAUCAGUGUAGUUGUACUCGUUUGAAGUUCAUCAAAACUGCGGCUAAACCCGAACCUCGGUUCUCUCCUUGCACCGGGAAAGGGAUGAUAUCCUCGUUAUUUCUCGGCAGUAUUAGAUGAUAAAUGUAACAUUGUUGUUAAGAGAAUAUAGUUUGGCAAUAUUCUGUAAAUUCUAGGAUGGCUACCUUUCGGCCCACCCAAAUUCUGAUUGCCAUGUCCAACAGAAAGGAAAGGUUACUUUAGGUUCUUUUGGGAGUAAUAUACUCUCAGCUUGGGGAUCAUCACUUCCACAGGCCCCUGAAACUUUGAAGGCCUUUAAUACACAAAGAUUCUGUAGAAGAUAUUUAGUGAUGGGUGGUGAUGCAAUUGAAUGCUUUUCUAAUGGCAACACAACUACUGAACCAAUAUCCCAGAGAACUUACCAAGUUGUGGUGGCUGCAACUCCAGAUAUGGGCAUUGGGAAAGAUGGUAAGUUGCCAUGGAGAUUGCCUGGUGACCUUAAGUUUUUCAAAGAGAUCACUGCAACUACAUCGGAUCCCAAUAAGAAGAAUGCUGUGAUGAUGGGGAGGAGAACUUGGGAAAGCAUUCCCCCUCAGUUUCGACCUUUGCCGGGUCGCCUCAAUGUUGUGCUGACUCGUUCUGCAAGUUCUGAUGUUGCUGCUGCUGAGAAUGUUAUUUCAUGUCGCAGCAUGUCAUCAGCUCUAAAAUUAUUAGCAGAACCCCCGUAUAGCCUUUCUGUAGAGAAGGUUUUUCUGAUAGGAGGUGGACAGAUUUUGAGGGAAGCACUUAAUGCUGCGGAAUGUGAUGCCAUCCACAUAACUGAAAUUAAGACUUCUGUUGAAUGCGACACCUUCAUUCCUCCUAUUGAUAUGUCAAUUUAUCAACCAUGGUACUCAUCGACCCCUGUUGAGGAGAAUGGCAUACAGUAUUGUUUUGCAACAUAUGUGCGGUUGAGGACGUCCACUAGUGGACCUGUAAAUUCUGGCCAUGAGUUGAGCUGCAAUGGUAGCACUUCACGUUCCAAAAGGCCCAAACUCUCUGAUUUCACUUACCUGCCAAAAUUUAUUUUUGAGAAGCAUGAAGAGUUUCAGUACUUGAGACUGGUUCAAGAUAUUAUUUCAAAUGGGAACAGCAAAGACGACCGAACAGGGACUGGCACUCUUUCAAAUUUUGGUUGCCAGAUGCACUUUAACCUUCGUAAAUCUUUCCCGCUUCUUACUACUAAGAGGGUUUUCUGGCGAGGAGUUGUUGAGGAGCUUUUGUGGUUCAUCAGUGGCUCCACAAAUGCUAAGAUUUUACAAGAAAAAGGAAUCCAUAUAUGGGACGGCAAUGCAUCCAGAGAAUUCCUUGACAGUAUUGGAUUAACAGACAGGGAAGAGGGUGAUUUGGGGCCAAUAUAUGGGUUUCAGUGGAGACACUUUGGUGCCAGAUACACCAAUAUGCAUGCUGACUAUACUGGGCAAGGGUUUGAUCAGUUGCUGGAUGUUAUUGACAAAAUAAAGAAUAAACCUGAUGACAGGCGGAUUAUCCUUUCUGCUUGGAAUCCUUCUGAUCUCAAGUUGAUGGCUUUACCCCCUUGCCACAUGUUUGCCCAGUUUUAUGUAGCCAAUGGAGAGCUAUCUUGCCAGAUGUACCAACGAUCUGCAGAUAUGGGCCUUGGGGUGCCGUUUAACAUUGCAUCAUAUGCUCUAUUGACAUGCAUGAUUGCUCAUGUUUGUGGUCUUAUUCCCGGCGAGUUUGUGCACGUAAUUGGGGAUGCUCAUGUUUAUAAAACUCACAUCAGUCCUCUGCAGGAGCAACUUAAAAAGCUCCCGAGACCCUUCCCAAUAUUGAAAAUCAACCCAGAGAAAAAGGACAUCGAUUCAUUUGUGGCUGCUGAUUUUGAACUGAGAAAUUAUGAACCUCACCAGAAACUAGAAAUGAAAAUGGCAGUGUGAAGCAUUAGUUAGGUCCCCCUUCUAUUUUCAAGAUUGACUCUAGUGAACUACAGUUUGCACCUCUUCUUCCCUCAUUGUAGUAGUGAAGGAGGGAUCCCCAGUUCUGGAUGGAUUCAACGUAUAGGUAUAUACAAGACUUACUAUUGUUUCUGGUUCAUGGAUUUUAGUAAAGAAAAUUAUCUGCAAAAAAUAGAUUGCUUUGUCUGAAAGAUAAUAAAUACCCACACUGUGCUUUUAUCCUUU